AUGAAACGCGCGGUACGAAAUCUGCCAACAAAGAAGAAGGACCUGCGAACUGACAGUGCAACCCAAGACUUAGCCAAGGAAUUGGGCAUCGCCAUUAACCAGAUAAAUGGACUGACAUUGCGUGAGGCAGUCAGCACAGCUCUUAUAAGCAAUCUCAAGGCCGAUAAGGUCGAGGCUAAGAGGGUGAUACAACAACUUAGGGAGAAUAUCACAGUUAAUACCACCGAAGCCAAACUCGCCACUGCAUGUGUCAAUGCUCAGUAUAAAUUGCUUCAACGCCUUUUCAUUCUGAGAGUGCAUGAAUCGAAGGAGACAAUUGCUAAACUCAAAAAAGAGAACUUUGACUUAAAGGCAGAGUCAAAUCGAAUAAUUAAAGCAAAAAACGAUUUACUAAAGGAAAAAGAUGAGCAAAUUUCUAAGCUCGAGGCCCAUUUGCAGUCACUCCAUUUUCAACUUGAGCAAGUAGUUCUAGAUAUGGCUGAAAAAAUGGAGAAGGGAUUAGAAGAGGACCGAUUAAACUGGGAGAAGGAGGCCGAUAGCUUCCACGAAUCCUCAGUCCGAAUUUUGCAAAAGCUUGGCUACGGGAUGGCGUAUCUGUAA